GGAAGAAGCAGACUGGAGGAAGUAUGGAGAUACCGAACGUGUCAGAUAAACUUCUCUGCUGCAGACAAUAAAACAACUGAACACAGAAGACGACGAUAAAGCAAGAAUGUUUGCUCUUUCCUCUCUAAUCUGUCUGCUUGUGAUCCCAGCAAUAUGUGGCCAAAAAUGGACAGUGAACUACUUCAACAGAGUAAACUGCGCCCUGAAGGGCUCAACCACAUUUCUGUCGGGCAAUUUCACAUAUCCUGAUGGUCUAACUAUAACCAAGAUAUUUUGGACCACAGAUCCAAUAAAAUGCGAUGAGAAGGCGCCCGAUCUGUCUAAAGUACCAGAAUAUAAAGACAGAGUUAAGUACAUUAUGGGUGAAAAACAAAACUUUCUCAAACUGAGUAAUGUAACAGAUCAGGAUGGACAUAGGUACUGCAUGAAAAUCUUGACAAAUUUAAAAAAAGAAAAAUAUUUGGGUCGUCCUGGAAUUAAGCUAAAAGUGACAGAGCUUAGGGUUGAGGUUCCUGAAGAGGUUGUUGAGGGAAAUUCUGCAGUUUUAUUUUGUAAAAGCACAUGCCUCCUUGCAAGCAACACAAACUUUACCUGGUAUAAAAACAAAAGUCCUUUAUCAGAAUCAUUCAGUAGUAAUAAACUGAAACUGCAGUCUGUGAGCAGAGAUGAUGAAGGAAACUACAGCUGUGCUGUGAGAGGAGAUGAAGAUCUGAAAUCUCCAGAUGUCACACUGAUGAUUCUUACAGAGAGCCCGUGUGUGAGUAAGGUUACAUUGGGAGUGACAUUGGCUGUCAUCAUCACAUCUGUAUCUAUGAUGCUGUUGGUUGUACUGGUACAUGUAUGGAUUUUUAUGAGAAGGAAAAAAACGACAUCAGACGUUCAAAACAACACAAAUCUACAGCACCAUAAAACGAUGGAGUCUUCUGAAAUGCCUUACAUGACCCUUGACCCCAAGACCACGAAUGCUGAUUAUGACACACUGGAUAAUGUGAGGAAAUCCACUGAUAACACACAACCUUGAAAGCACACAGCUUGCCAUCAAAACAGCUGGAGUGAACAGAAGAUACAAUGACAUUAAACACUGGAUGUUUGUUUUUAGUCAAUAGUAAAGUGGUUUAUAGAAAAGUUUUGUCAGGAUGUGAGGAGGAUGAUCUUAUUUCUUUUUUAGACCGUAAUUUGACAUAUUACUGAAUAAGAUCUGAAUGUACAGAAUUGAGAGGACAUGUUGCUUUAGCUUCCGUUUUCCCUAUGCAACUCAAUUCUUGAGAUGAUCUUAAGAUCUUAU